UGCUCUUUGAGAAUGUUCAUAAGUAUAUUCAAUAAAAAAUGUUGCAUUAAAAAAAUGUUGCGUGUGGUAUGUUGUCUUCUCAUUUGAGUAUGCUUAUGAGUUUAGGAAUGUGCUCACUGAGCAUACUCAAAAAGGUACCGUGAUCGCAUCACUUUAAUGUAUGAAAUGAGCACAUUCUCACAAAAGUUUGCAAGCUCACAAAUGAUGUGCUCUGAGUAUACUCAUUGUAUGUUCGGGAAACCUUAAUAAAUAGCAUAUAAAUCGUUGAUUACUUCAAGUUUUUGAACUCUAAUGAAUAACGUUUUUUAAGAAUUCAAAUUUUCUAACGGUUGAAAAAGUUUGAAAUAUUCGCGCCAUUAGUUAAAACCGUUAAAACCAAAAAAAUACAAAAAAGCGUGAAAAAUAAUUAAUUUUGUUAAAAUGACAAGCGUAAAGGAUUUUAGGGUAUUUUUAAGAUCAUUAAUUAAUAGCAGCCGUCGAAAAACAGGAAAUGCUUCAGAAGUAACAGUGAACGAUAUUAAAAAGGAUUUACUUUUUCAUGAAAAUAUUAAUGUUGACAAAUUUGUGGAUGAAAAUGGCCAUCGAGAUCUAUUGGAUUUAAUAGACGAAUGGGAAGAAUUUACUAUACAUUAUGGAAAGAAUGAACCUACUAUUCGAGUUAAAUGCGGAGAUCAUAUUUCAGAAAUGAAUAAAUUUUCAAAACUAAAGCGUGGAUCAAUUAAUACAAAAGCUAAAGAAAUAAUUUCUUCAAAACGUCUAGAAGUAUUUUUUGGACCUGAUCAUUAUGAUCUGUCGCCAAAAUCUUCGAUCGAUAGUUUAUUCAAUGAACACAAUUCACAUGAAUCUCAGUCCAGUAAAGAAUUGGCUCCGUUAAACUUGGACGAUGAUAGUGAUGAAUUUCAGUACCUAAACAUGAUAUCAAACUCAAAUUCAAAGAAAUCGACAAAUAAAUCUGAAGAAAUGAGGCAGAAAGACCCAAUUAGUCAAGAGACAUUGACAAACGAGAGUAAGGAAGUUCCAAACAACAGAAACGAUGAAAUGUUAACAAAAUUGGAACCUCUUCAACCAUUGAUUCCAACUACUUCUAAAGCAGUUAGUAUUAAUCCAGUCACUCCUUCACAAGUUCUCUUAACAUUAAGACAAAAGUUAAAUAUCAAAAAUAUUAACAGUCCAAAAAUGCCAUUUAAGCUCGUAAAGACAAUUGAUCAUAUGAUUCCAUCAUGUAAAGCACUGGAUACGAAGACAGGAAAUAUCAUAAAGAUUGCUAUACUGGAUGUUGUUAAUCCUCAUCGAUUUUGGUUUGCAGAAUACAAUGAGUACAAAGCAUUACUUGAACUCAUGAAGAAUAUGAAGGAAUUUUAUACAGCCAAUCAAGAUUCACUUCGCAUUAAUGUUCAGGAUUUACAACGAGGACUUUAUGUAGCAGCGUUAUUUGAUGGAAUUUGGCAUCGUGGAAUGAUUGUCAAGAAAGAUGAAAAUUUUGCAAGAAUUUCUUAUGUUGAUUUUGGUACUGCCGAUGACAUAAGACAUAUUGAUUUGUGUUAUUUGAAACAAGACUUUUUGAAUUUGCCAUCCGUUGCUCGUCGCGGUGUACUAGCCUUUGUUCAGCCAAAGCUGAAAUUUGAGUGGAGUGAAGGAGCUAGAAGUUUCUUUCAAAACUCAAUCAAAAAUAAGAAAAUUGAAAUCAAAAUAUUCAAGCACAAUUCUCAAGACAAUUCAUACUUUCUGGGAAUUAAAUAUAAGAACGAACAGAAAAUCGUGGAACUUUUGACAAACUCGAUGAUUUCAAAUAACUAUGCUCAACAAGACUUGACUUUUUUAGAUAACGAAACUUUCAGCAAAGACAGCUACGGAUUUCAGGAAUACGAAGAGGGAAUAUUGCUGGAUAUAAAGUCUCAAAUUCCAAGUAUAAUUGAACCUUUCGACAGUUGGAUGCCAUUUGAUAGCUCUAAAACAUCUAUUCAAGUAAUAAAGGAUAUUAAUCCAUCAACGCCAAAUACACCCAGCACAAACAAUUCCAAAAGAAAACGAUCAACCAAUAAAGCAUUUAACACGCCAGUUAAGGUUGAUCGAUCUGUAAAUGCAUUAAUUCCAAACAUUCAAGAAGUCAAACGAAAUUUAACAGGUGAUUUUGACAACGUCGCAGAGCAAGCAGAAAAGAAAGCUGAAACUACAAAAGAUGUUAUAGAAGUUCGUCAGCAAUUUUCUCAGACAAUCGUUCAAGAUAAUCGAAAUUUACCCGAAACAAAUGUGUCUAGUUCUUUGUUUAUUCCCAAGAAUAUUAUUAAGGAAUGUCAUAGUAUUAUUUUUAAACAAAGCUUUGAGAAAUUAACGAUUGGCAAACAAAUUGAGAUCCUCAUUCAUGCUUUUUAUGAUGCUAGUUGCUUCUUUUUUUACAUCAAGAAUGAGAUGCCAGUAAUCAAGAAGUUUUUGGAUGAUGUGAAUGCAAGUUGCAAAAAAUGCUUAAAAGAUGAAGAGUUAGUUCUCAAUAAAGAAGUUGCUAUCUUCAGUGAUAAUAAAUAUGUUCGAGGUCUUAUAAGUUCAAAAAUAGAAAACGCUUAUCAGGUGUUUUUGAUCGAUUUCGGAGUAUUCAUUCAAAGGAAUACUGGGGAAAUCUAUGGACUUCAAAAGGAAUACAUCAAACGAAAGCCGUGCAUAUAUAAGGGAUGUACAUCGGAUGCUUUUAUAAUCAAAGACUUAGCUCAGACCUUCAAUGUGGCUAAAAUUUUAGGUAUUCGUGGUGAAAAUACAGUCGAUUUAACGAUCAAAUCGUUAUCAAUCUGAUUUUAUUCAAAAAGACAGUUAAGUAUAACCAAUCGAAAAUACCAGUCUCAAAAAAUUAAAUUUUCAAAAAUAUUUUGAAGAGUUAUCAAAAUUUCCACAAAUCAAUGGAAAGUCAUCAACAAAGCUAAUCAUAAAGAGACAAAAUAAAAUAGUCAGAAAAUAUAGGUUAAAAAAUUACAAAAGUCCUCGUGUUAUUGAUCGAGGGACUUCAGCGCAUUUUCGACGCAGCGAUCAGUAUUUGAUUAUCUAUUUAUUUUGCGUUCGUUUACAGAUCAUUAGAAGUUUAGAAGAUCAUUCAUUUUAGUGCUUAUAUAGAAAGGCUUUAUUAUUUAAUGGUCAAUAAAUAAUUUUCCGUUAAAAGUUGCACUACA